AUGGAUAUUUUACAAGAAAUGUUUUUCUUUGCCUUUCCGGAACAACGAAAUUCAACAAAAGGAAGUUUACAAGUUUAUUUAACCUUUGCCUGUAAUCAACCAAACAGUUUAUAUAAUGUUGCGACAAAACUUUUUGCUUAUUAUCUGGGCGCUAGCGGGGAAUUCCAAUUAGAUAAAAUUACAAAAGAAGGAAGAGAAGAAGGGAUAACUGCUAUGGAUGCUGUUUUAUUUCGCCUCUUUGAUAGUCUAAUUCAGUCAAAAUUUGGUGAUUUAUCUCUUCACAAUAUUACUCAAAUAUAUCAAAUUAUUUUGAAAAAUUGUUUUGCUGAUUCUAUUGGAAGAAUUCCGGAUGAUUUUUAUAGCCGUCCAGGUAUCUCAAUUUUAUCAAAAUUUGACCGCCCGUCAAAAUGUUGGCAUUUUUGUUUACCAAUAUUGUCUCAUAUAUUACAACAACGUGGUCAUUCAAAUUUAGCCAAAAUGUUAGAACAAAUUCCUUUUAGCAACGAAAAAAUUGGAGAAAAUUUAGAAAAAAUAUUAAUUAAUGAGGAUGCUAAACAAUUGCUAGAAAUCUCUGAAUUUGUUAAAUUUGUAAUUUAUUGGAUUAUUGCUUCUCCUUUAAAAGAUGUUCAAAAAGAUUUUUCCACUCAAUUUGUUUAUGUCCCAGCAAAUAUUUUUUGGGUAGAUUCUAGUGGUUUUGAACAUUUUUGGCUUUACAACUUGGAUGUUGAGGAAGAAGAUUCUCCUGCUGAAAUUGAAGAAAUAAAACAAGAAAAGGAAGGAUUGAAGAUAAAUCAAAACCUCAAAUCACCAAUAAAAUUACUAAAUUUACUUUUCAAUUCCUCAAUUAAUAAUUCUUUUAAUAUAAUUAAUCAAGAACUAAAUUGUUUAAAAUUAUUAAUUCCAAAUAUUUAUUCAAUUUCUAUUUUGGCUUUAAUGGCUUCAGAAAAUUGGAAAUUGGCAAAAGAAUUUUAUUUGAAGUUGUUCGAUUCAACAAAAGAAUUGCCCCUUCAAAAUUUAUUUAUGAAAAUUUUAUAUUUAAAAAUAUUAAUUGUUGAAAGAAAACUUAAAUUGGCUUUUGAAUUGGGAAUUGAAUUAAUUAAAGAAAUUAAUAAUUUAAAAGAAGAGAAUGAAGAUGAUGAACUAAUCAAGUUUCCAGCACUUGUAAUUUCUCAGGAGCCAGUUUGGGUUCAACUUGAAAAUCAAAAACACACUUUUUUGUAUAUACAGUUACUUUUAUUUCAUAUUUGUUGGUUAUCUUUUACAAAAUGUCAACGUUCUUUAUCUGCUGAAAUGAAUGAAACUACAAGUUUUUUAUUUUUAACAAUGAUUUUGUUGGCACAAUCUUGUUGGAAAUAUUUUGGUUUUGGUAUUUUUGAACAUUUAAUUGAACAUUUAAAUAAUAAGAAGCACUUUCAUUGCCCAGAAUUAUUUUCUUAUUUAACCGAGCCUUCACUAAUAGAUCAAUUAUUGGCUUUAGAAAACAUUCUGUUUUGUUUUGACAAAAAAGGAACAGAAAACAAUUUAAAUUUCCUCCCUCCCUCAAUUAUUCGUUCACAAAUUCAAGAAGGAAAAAUUAAUUUGGCAGCCAAAGAAGUUACUUCUUUUCGAAUUUUAAACAAUUUUUUGGAACAAAAUCAACUCAAAAUUUGUGAAAUAAUUUAA